AUGUUCCAAAUUAAUUCAUUCCUGCUGAAGAGGGGGUCAAGAAUUUUCCAGCGUUUAUUGUCACACCCAGAAAAGAGUCGUUCAGAAUAAACAAAUCAUUUGCUAUUUACACACUAACUGUUGCAGCUGCCCGGAAAGCUAGUUUUAGACAACUGGCUAGCCGUAGCCAGGGCAAUAACAGCGGGUUGUUGACCAGCUAAUGUGUUUAGCAACGGCGUUAUUAAAAUUAGAAGGAUCCUAUCCGGAGAAAUAGAAGGAAGCAGAAGGGAGCUUACCGAAAGUGACUGAUAAGAGAUGGAAGGAGAUGACUGCAGUUUUCCUCCAGAUUCAUCGGAUGAUCACUCACAAAGAGGAAGUGUUGCUUCUUCUGCAACACUUUCCCGUGCUCAAGAUGUGCUUAUAUACCUGUUCGGGGACAGUGCAGUACACUUAUCAGUAGAAGGGCUCAGCAGUGUCAGUGUGCAGGAGCUGGGUCGCAGUGUUCGUGAGGCUCUUAAUGUUCCUGAGUCUGCACAGGAAGCAUUUGCCUUCUGGCUUUGUUCUCCACUGCUCGAUUUACAGUUAAAGGCAAGACAUCAACCCUACAAGCUGUGUCGGCAGUGGCAGGACUUGCUUUAUCGUUUCACUCAGGCCUCAGAAGAAGACAUUUCACAAGAUGAGCCAUAUCUCCAGUUCCGCCGUAACGUGUUUUACCAUAAAUCCAAAGAGCUUCAGAUAGAAGAUGAGGGAGUGCUGAAACUUCUGUACGAGGAGGCCAGGAGUAACAUCCUCUCAGGGCGAUACCCCUGUGAUCCCGAACACUGGACUGACCUUGGAGCCUUGUCUCUUGCUUUCGAAGAGGGAACUGGUCUGAACGUCACACAAUUUUCUACUGCUGUAAGAGAGAAGAAACUGUCCUCGUUUGUACCAGCGCAUGUUGCCAUGGGGGGCGGAGGUUUGUUCUCCACACUGAGAGGAAAGUCGAGUCGUCAUGCGGGGCUGGAGCAGAACCUCUUGCAGGCGUACAGAAAGAUCAGCACAUCUGCUGAAAGCGCUCCUGAGCCCACACAGCUCCUACACCAGUACCUCAACACAUGUCACACGCUGCCUUAUUACGGGUGUGCUUUCUUCAUGGGAGAGAUUGACAAACCAGCGCAAGGGAUUCUCCAGAGGGGGAAACGUAAAGCUGUCAACGUUGGGAUCUGCCUGGAGGGAGUUUAUGUGAUGGAUGUCAAAGAGAAGCAUGUGUUGCUCGGUCUGCGCUUCAAUGAGCUUUCCUGGGACCACAGCUACCCUGAGGAGGAGGGCGACUCACACAUUCUGUGGCUUGAGUUUGAUGGGGAGGAAGAUGGCACACCUGUCAACAAGCUGCUAAAGAUCUACUCUAAACAGGCGGAGCUAAUGAGCGGCUUCAUUGAGUUCUGCGUGGAGAUUAAGUCUGCGUCAGAGGGGGGAGCUGCAGCUGAAAUGGACGGUGAGAUGAGUUCCCAGCAGCCCGCUGGGCAGGACGGCAGCAGCAGGAAUGGUCGCGGAGGACGGCGAGGUAUGCUGCGCAGGCAGAGCAGUGUUCUGUGCAGUCGAGUUCACUCACUGAACACUAUCAGCUACGUGGACAACGGUAAAGAAAUCAAACGCUUGAAGCCGAAAAGAGCUGCGUCCUUCUUCGCCCGGCAGCCGUCUGCAGCCGCGUACUCUGCUGUGCAGGUGACAGAGAGUCUGGAGCAGGGUUAAACUCCCUGAUCAGCGCCCGCAUCUCAAAGACCAAACCUGAACAAUGUACACAGAGUUUGAACAGAAAAGACUUUUUACAAGCUUGAGACAAUUAACUGAUAAUAUAUGAACAUGAAAAGGACCAAGCGAGGGAUCUUAGUGUGAGUUACAAUAUUUAUCUUCUGAAGUUGUGUAAAUUUAGAGAGUACAGUAAUGUGAAAAACAAAAUGAUCUACUAAGAGCAAUGCUUCCAAGGUUAAACUGAAGUGGGCUAUUUAUUAGUUUGGCCUUACAUAAAGAACAUAUCACGUUCUGUGAGCUGCAUAUAAUGGACCUGCUACAUUAGUAUCAGACAAGCCUUAGAGAAAUCCUUAAACCUUUCUGCAGCUCUCUGGAGCUACUACUGCUAUUAUUCAAAAAAUGUUAAACCGUAUGUGGGUAGAACCACUGCAUUACCUCUAUCUGCAACUGAACAUCAACAUCAUCGCAAUACAUCUUUUUUUUACUCGAACAAGAAACAGUGACACAGUCCUCCUUAACCAAGAGUAACCACAAGCUCUCAACAGUCAGCAUGACAGACACUUUCAGGGGACGAUCUGAGGGCGUGCUCGAUUUAUUCUGCUUUCUCAAACUGCCAGUGCCUUGUUCUCAUGAAGACGUUAUAGAAGAGUACUGGUAGUAACGUUUAGUGGUUGCUGUUGUUGAUUAUAACGACCAUAUGGGAGCAGAUUUUCUGUGUUGUGGAAGUUUCUUGUAAGUACAUGCUUUUGAAGGCUUUGAUAUGGUUCAUAUCUUCAGCUGUUUUUAUAAGAGGACUGUGCAGGUGCAUAUCACAUUUUCUUAAUUGUAAGAGCAAAAUAGCUUUGAUGUAGUCGAACCAUGUUAAAAAAAAAAAAACACAGCAUCCUGUUGUAGAAGCUUAAAUUCACCUUCAGAGUUUUUUCAGUAGGCAGCAUUUAAAAGAUAUGCACCAUUUAAAAAAAACAAACAAGAGGAAAAAAUGUGCAAGGAGUUAGUGAAAAGAUCCAUAUUCUUCAUCGUGACUGCACCCUAACAUGCUGUUUUUCAUGCAACUUAAGUUACCACUUGGCAUGUGAUAUUCAAAGUUUGUGUGCCAUGCACAGUUUUUCUGACUGAGGUAUUACCUGCUUGGUGAGGCCUGGAUAACAAAUAAAACCACGUCAACAGGUACUUCUCCCGUUUACAGACUCACUCAAAUAAGAAUUAUAUCAGACUUCAACCUCCAUGUCUCAGCAAUCAUGGUUGACAUAAGUUGAAAGAAAAGGGGAACACUGUCUUUACCGACAAAUGCUAUGGCUGCCUUUUACAGCUUUGUACAUAAAGGAACAUUAAAAUACCACUAUUGAUGUAAAAACUGACGCUUCUGGGACAGAUUGACGCCACUUGUAGGCGACCAUGUGCUUGGUGCAUAUUGCAAUGAUUGUCUUAUAAAGAGCAUAUGAAUAUGCUAGUCAAGUCUCAGUGUGUACACCAAAGCAAGCCCAUGUAACAUGCUGCAACACAGUGUGCUACCUAACUGGCUCAGAGACAGAAUCCACUUUCCAGGAGUCCUCAAGGUCUCCCUCUGACCGCCACCUUAAAGCAGAUGCAGGCGGUUCUUGUCUUUUCUGCAAAUGUAACUAACAGGAUCACGUCAGUGAUAACCAUGACAGAAGGUGAACAUCUUUAUGAAACUGCCGUCCCUUGAACACGAUGUGGAGUUGUGCAGGUGUCAUGUAUUUCUCCUGAUUCCUCUGAGCAUGCAAACAGAAUGUUUUUACCUUUCUAAACUUCAUGUUGUUAUAAAUCAGCUACUGUCUGUAACCUUACGGCAGCAGUCCAGUAUAUUGUUGCUAACUAACACUAUGCAUGUCACAUUGUAGAAUAGGCAUUCCAACAGACUACACAUCAUGUGAUGCUGCACUAUUAAUACACUGUUUAUAAGUCUUUUGAAUCUGCAGAUGUUCUUCUAUUGUUUGUUAGCUUUAUGAGAAUAUUUUUACUUUCAUUUUCAUAUACUUUUUACACAAGAAUGAAGUGAAGUGAUAGAUCAUAAUAAGCAUUACCUUCUCAACUUUGCAGAAGCAUUAAGUGCCUUUUUGUUAGUACUGAGUUGGUGUCUGAGUGACUGUUGCUUGGAAACAAGAAAUCCACAUUUUUGUGUCAUUGCCAUUAUUAAAAAAAACCUUUUUUUUAUUAUGUUCCCUUGGUUUGAAAGCAGACAAUGCAUUUCAUCUUUCCUAUCUGAUGUGAGUGUGUUAUUCUGGAAAACUACACUAGGCUGCUGUUGAACAGUGUGAUGUGGUUCUUCUCAGUAAAGUGGUUAGUUCUGCCUUCAUUCAAA